AUGAUUGGACAUCAGGGAGGACCAGGUUCAAUUUUGAAUAGCCAGAGUGGUCCAGGUUCNUCUGAAAUCAUUCAGUGUCGUUCGGACAUGAAUCCGGCAUCUGUGGGACCUGGUAAUUUGGCAGUUCCAAUGACACCGCUCGCCGGGGAGAACUUUCAACCGGCUUCGAACAUCCCAACAGUGGCCACUAUGGCACCACAAACACCAGCCUCACAACUCAUCGACGUUCCAUCGCCAGCAUUGCAGAAUAUCGUUUCGACCGUUAAUUUAGGUGUAGCACUGGAUCUGAAGAAGAUAGCGUUGCAUGCACGCAAUGCCGAAUACAAUCCGAAACGGUUCGCUGCCGUAAUUAUGCGCAUUCGUGAACCGAGAACAACUGCACUGAUAUUCUCAUCCGGUAAAAUGGUGUGCACCGGUGCCAAAUCUGAGGAAGCCAGCAGACUUGCUGCUCGAAAGUAUGCAAGGAUAGUGCAGAAAUUGGGUUUUAAUGCGAAAUUCACGGAAUUCAAA